AUGGUAAGACUACUAAGAAUUGGUGAACGUCGAGGAUUUCCAGGCAUGCUAGGUUCUAUUGAUUGCAUGCAUUGGCAGUGGAAAAAUUUUCCACUUCGAUUAAAAGGUAGUCGUAAUGAUAUUAAUGUUCUUGAUAGAUCCCCUUUGUUUAACGAUGUUUUUGAAGGUUGUGCACCUUCUAUUAACUAUGUUGUGAAUGAACAUCAAUACAAUAUGGGGUAUUAUCUCAGUGAUGGUAUAUAUCCUAAAUGGGCAGCAUUCAUUCCUACAAUAUCACUACCACAAAAUGAAAAAGAAGGAAAAAUAAUAAUAGCAUGUAUCAUUAUGCACAAUAUGAUCGUUGAGGAUGAAAGAGAUACGUAUAAAACAUAUUACGAUCUAAAUGAAUAUGAUCAAACUACAAAUGCGUCUUCAAGUAAUAGAAAUACUGAAGAGUCUUUUCAAUUCGAAAAUAGCAACAACCGAAUUGCAAGUUUGGAAAUGUAUAUGUCUAAUAGAGCUCGUGUUCGUGAUGAAACUAUGCAUAAAGCUUUGAAGAAAGACUUAGUUGAACAUAUGUGGCUCAAAUUCGGUGUUAAACCAUAG